GGAUCUCUGGACAGGACAAGACUCUGAAGCUACUUCCCUGCCCCUGCCCAGGACUCCCCACAGGCCCAGCUUGCCCCCAGCCCUCCCACCUGCCACUCCCUGGCCCCUCUCACCGCCCGCCCCCCCCUGGGGCGCAGGGCAUGGUGUGAAAGGCCGAGUACUGAGGCGGGUACCAUGGGUGCUGUGCCCUAGGGCCUGGGUGGCCGGGGGUGGGUGGCCUGUGGGCGUGUUGGGGGGGGCAGUGUGCCCACCCCAGUCUCUUGGCGUGCUGGAGGGCAUCCUGGAUGGAAUUGAAGUGAAUGGAACAGAAGCCAAGCAAGGUGGAGUGUGGGUCAGACCCAGAGGAGAACAGUGCCAGGUCACCAGAUGGAAAGCGAAAAAGAAAGAACGGCCAAUGUUCCCUGAAAACCAGCAUGUCAGGGUAUAUCCCUAGUUACCUGGACAAAGACGAGCAGUGUGUCGUGUGUGGGGACAAGGCAACCGGUUAUCACUACCGCUGUAUCACUUGUGAGGGCUGCAAGGGCUUCUUUCGCCGCACAAUCCAGAAGAACCUCCAUCCCACCUAUUCCUGCAAGUAUGACAGCUGCUGUGUCAUCGACAAGAUCACCCGCAAUCAGUGCCAGCUGUGCCGCUUCAAGAAGUGCAUCGCUGUGGGCAUGGCCAUGGACUUGGUUCUAGAUGACUCGAAGCGAGUAGCCAAGCGCAAGCUGAUCGAGCAGAAUCGAGAGCGGCGGCGGAAGGAGGAGAUGAUCCGAUCACUGCAGCAGCGACCAGAGCCCACUCCUGAAGAGUGGGAUCUGAUCCACGUUGCCACGGAGGCCCAUCGCAGCACUAAUGCCCAGGGCAGUCACUGGAAACAGAGGCGGAAAUUCCUGCCGGAUGACAUUGGCCAGUCACCCAUCGUCUCCAUGCCGGAUGGAGACAAGGUGGACCUAGAGGCCUUCAGCGAGUUUACCAAGAUCAUCACCCCGGCCAUUACCCGUGUGGUGGACUUUGCCAAAAAACUGCCCAUGUUCUCCGAGCUGCCUUGCGAAGACCAGAUCAUCCUCCUGAAGGGGUGCUGCAUGGAGAUCAUGUCCCUGCGGGCAGCUGUCCGCUAUGACCCUGAGAGCGACACCCUGACGCUGAGUGGAGAGAUGGCCGUCAAGCGGGAGCAGCUCAAGAAUGGUGGCCUGGGCGUAGUCUCCGAUGCCAUCUUUGAACUGGGCAAGUCACUCUCUGCCUUUAACCUGGAUGACACGGAAGUGGCUCUGCUGCAGGCUGUGCUGCUAAUGUCAACAGACCGCUCGGGCCUGCUGUGUGUGGACAAGAUCGAGAAGAGUCAGGAGGCGUACCUGCUGGCGUUCGAGCACUACGUCAACCACCGCAAACACAACAUUCCGCACUUCUGGCCCAAGCUGCUGAUGAAGGUGACUGACCUCCGCAUGAUCGGGGCCUGCCACGCCAGCCGCUUCCUCCACAUGAAAGUCGAGUGCCCCACCGAACUCUUCCCCCCACUCUUCCUCGAGGUCUUUGAGGAUCAGGAAGUCUAAAGCCUCAGGCGGCCAGAGGGUGUGCGGAGCUGGUGGGGAGGAGCCUGGAGAGAAGGGGCAGAUCCGGGGGCUGAGGGAGACCCCCUACACCUCUUCUCUCCUUCCUCUCAUCCUUGGAUAGAUUCAGCUCCCACACACACCCCCACACUGCCCCUGUCCCUCCUCAGAACCUCCAGCCCUGGGACAGGGCAAACAAAUGAACUUGGUAUGAGAAGUGUGGGAGGUCAGGGCACCACGUCCUGCAGCUCCCAGGACCCCUGUCCUCUGAGAAGGUAGGGGGAGGGAAGGAGAACGAAGAGGGGAAGAGCCAUCUUGACAGUAGGGGAAGGAGGAAUGCGGGCGGGUGGAAGAUGCCCUCACCGCACCCCUACAAACGAGAGAGCCCCCCCACCCAGUUCUUUGGCCUAGGGGUCCCCUCUGGGCCGAGGGCCUCUCUGUUCCCCCAGAUACCUGGGUGCAAAGAACAGCUUGGCUUGGGUCCUCCCCUGGAGGUUAAAAAUUAUAGUCAUCUAACUGCACUUUGGAAACCAAGCAAGGGGAGAAGAUAAAUGAAGAAAAACUAGACAGAGAAAAAAGACAAAAAAGAGAAAACAAGCAGAAGAGAGAGCAAGAGAGAGAUGAUAUUAAGUUAUUAACUGAGGCUGGCCAGAGGGGAAGGACCCCCCUUACCACCCCAUGCACUUUGAGAGCUGCCCCUCCUCCCCACAUCAGAGAGACACGCCCCCACAUGAGCUCCCCAAGGGUAGGGCUGCCGUUCAGAGCUGUGAGUAAACACAACAGGGUCCUGGCCACCCCCCUUGCCUUGCCCCUCCCUCUGUGCCCCUUUGGCACCCCCGCCCAGUACUUCCUUGCUCUCUGCCACUUGUGCCCGCUGAGUUCCAUCUACCUCUCACGCUGGAUGCCAGCUGGCCCCUCACCAGCCUGCCCUGCUGCCCGCACAGCUCCCCUUUCAAGUGCCCAGCCCCAGGGGCCUCUCCCUGUGCCCCCUCCUUCCACACCUUGGCACCCACACAGGAAAAACUGUGGCUCAACCUCCUGCCCUCCUCAUAUCCUGCAGUAUUAGCUACAAUCCAGAUGCUGCUGUGUGGGGGGCGGGGGGCUGUGCGUGAGCAUCUCCCAGAGCCUCCACUUCUUUAGGACUCUGUUUCCCUGUCUCCCCUCUGUCUUCUGGGCUCUCUCUAACUCUGCCCUCCUCCUUCCCCACUCCCACUCAAUGCACUAACCCAGACUCUGGGCAGGCAGGCACCAGGAGUGGGGGUGUUCAGAUAAGUGGCACUUCGUUAGGGCCCCAGGGAGGGGGUGGUUGGUGCUCCCCUUUUUUUCUUUGAAGCUCUUUAGGCCAGCCGCCCCUGCUUCUGGGACCCCUUUCCCCUCCUCUUUCCUCUAAUUCAGGGACUUUGGCUUGAGCCACCUCCCACCUCCUGGUGAGGAGUGCUCUGCUGGUCUGCACUAGGGUGAGCUGCCCCCUCCUCCUCCCUUUGGCCUUGGCCCACUCCUCAGGGGAGAGAGGGAGGGAGGUAGUGGCCCUCCCGUGGGUGGGGAGAGGGGAGGAGGGGAAGGGUCAGAGCAGACCAGAGGGCUCUGGGCUCAGGGCUGCACGUCUGCAGGGAUGGAUGGGUGGACAUAGAUGCCCCCAGAAGCC